AUGGGUGCCCUUUUAUCUUUACCGUUAUUGGCGGUGCCAAGCAUGGGAACGAUCCUCACAGUCGGUGGAUCAUGUUGCGGUGCAGCGACUUGCUCCGCGGUCUGUAGCGCAUGUGGGAAAUUUCAGAAUAGUAUGGCCACGAGAAUCGCCUAUGCAUUCAUCCUCUUAAUCAAUUCUAUCGUAUCCUGGAUCAUGCUCACACCAUGGGCAUUGAAGAAACUACAGCAUCUGACCCUCGAUUAUAUGGAAAUUCGUUGUGAUGGCAAGGAAUGUUACGGCUGGGUGGCGGUUCACCGUAUUAAUUUUGGCCUGGCUCUCUUUCACCUGAUACUCGCGCUCUUACUUCUUGGUGUCAAGACUUCCCGGGAUAGUCGAGCAGGUCUUCAAAAUGGAUUCUGGGGACCCAAGAUAAUCCUUUGGUUCGCUUUUGUCGUAGUGUCUUUCUUCAUCCCCGAGUCGUUCUUCUUUAUCUACGGCAACUACGUCGCCUUCUUCUGCGCCAUGCUAUUCCUUCUUCUAGGUCUGGUUCUCCUCGUGGACCUCGCACAUACAUGGGCCGAGCUUUGUCUACAAAAGAUUGAGGACAGCGACUCGCGACUGUGGCGCGGCUUGUUGAUUGGAACGACUCUUGGCAUGUACUUGACGUCAACUGUCAUGACCAUCUUGAUGUUUAUCUUCUUUGCUCGUGGCUCUUGCUCUAUGAACCAGGCGGCUAUUUCGAUCAACCUGAUUCUUUUCCUGAUCAUCUCCUUCGUCUCCGUGCAGCCUGCUGUACAGGAAUCCAACCCCCGAGCGGGCCUAGCCCAAGCCGCUAUGGUUACAAUUUAUUGCACCUACCUUACCUUAUCCGCAGUCUCUAUGGAACCCGAUGACAACGGUUGCAACCCUCUCAUUCGUUCUAGCGGCACCCGGACAAUCACAGUCAUUUUGGGCGCGUUCGUCACCAUGGCCACUAUUGCAUACACCACCACCCGUGCCGCUACUCAGGGUAUCGCUUUGGGAUCUAAAGGUGGCCACAACUACGUGCAACUGGGCACGGAAGACAACGAGCAUGGGCUUGUGACGCAACAGCCCAACAGCCGUCGGGAGAUGCGAGCAGAAGCCCUCCGGGCUGCCGUUGAAAGUGGCAGUUUGCCAGCUAGUGCCUUGGAUGAGAGUGACGACGAGGACGAAUUUGAGACCAGCAGUAAAGAUGACGAACGUGGUUCAACUCAGUACAAUUACUCUCUCUUCCACAUCAUCUUCUUCCUGGCUACGACCUGGGUUGCAACCCUUUUGACACAGGGACUGCAAGUCGAUACUAAUGUCGAUUUCGCGCCAGUUGGCCGCAGCUACUGGGCUAGUUGGGUGAAGAUUGUUAGUUCUUGGGUGUGCUAUACCAUAUACCUAUGGACAUUGGUCGCCCCUGUUGUACUACCCGAUCGCUUUGGUGUCUGA